AUGACGUGUUCCUCAGGGUCUCUUUUAGGUCAACACAGAAGAGGAGAACAUACAUCAAGGCAUUUGAAGAACCUCACACAGUGCAUGAAUUCAGGUGAGGUCACAGUGGGAAAGUUGAAACGGUAUGUCAGUGAACUUUGUCCGUGGGGGCGGAGCCAGGAGUUGGGGGAGGAGAGGAGAGGACGACAUGUUGAGGAAACAAAACGUUCAGAGAAACCAAACCCACCUGACGUGGAAGCAGUAUUCUUGUUCAGGAGAAAAAUAACACCCAUUUCGGAAAAGAUUGUCUGGCAGAAAGGAACAACGACAAGGAUGGCCUCUGCUAACACCUCCUGGUCUGAAGAGAACUUUUCAUGUUCCAUCUGUCUGGAUGUGUUCAGCAGCCCAGUUUCCACACCAUGUGGACACAACUUCUGCAGAACCUGUAUUACUAAGUUCUGGGAUGGACAAGUCAAUUACAAAUGUCCCGUUUGCAACGCGCUUUUCAACACAAGACCUGAUUUACGGGUGAAUAUCCUCUUUUCAGAGAUGGUUGAUCGGUUUGGAACGUCCCUACGAGUAAAAGAGCAGCCUUGUGUUGAACCAGGAGAAGUUCCCUGCGACGUCUGUACUGGGACCCAGCUGAAGGCCGUGAAGUCCUGCCUAGUGUGUCUUAUCUCUUACUGCCAAACCCACCUGGAGCCACACCAUAGAGUCGCAGGCCUGAAGAAACAUCGGCUGGUCGAGCCUAUGGACCGUCUGGACGACAGGAUGUGUAAGAAACACGACCGACUUCUGGAGCUCUUCUGCCAGACUGAACAGGUGUGUGUGUGUCUGUUGUGCACAGAGACGGACCACAAGUCCCAUCCUGUUAUUCCUCUGAAGGAGGAAUAUGAAGAGAAGACGGCCCAGUUGGGGAAGAUAGAGGCUGAAGUUAAGCAGUUGAUCAAGGAGAGACAAAAAAAUAUUCAGGAGAUUAAAGACACAGUUAAACGCAUCAAAGCAGACGCAGACAGAGAGAUAGCUGAUGGUGUGCAGGUCCUCACUGCUCUGAUGCGCCGCAUUGAAAAGUGGCAGGAUGAUCUCAACCAAAUGGUUAAAGAGAAACUGAAAUCCACUGAGAAACAAGCUGAAGACUUCAUUAAAGAGCUGGAGCAGGAAAUAGAAGAUCUGACCAAUAGAAGCUCAGAGGUGAAGCAGCUCUCACACACUAAAGAACACCUCCACUUCCUCCAGGCCUUCAGAUCCCUGAAGGAUCCUCCACCCACCAGGGACUGGACCACGGUGGAGGUCCGUCCUCCGUCAUACGUAGGGACCUUGAGGAGAUCCCUGGAUCAGCUGGAGGAGACACUGAACAUGGAGAUGAAGAAGCUGAGUGAUGCUGAACUGAAGAGGGUCCAGCAGUAUGAAGUAGAUGUGACUCUGGAUCCUGAUACAGCUCAUCCCAAGCUCAUCCUGUCUGAGGAUGGGAAACAGGUACAUGAUGGAGGUGUAAAGAAGGAACUCCCAGACAACCCUAAGAAAUUUACACAGUGUAUAUCUGUACUCACAAGGCAGAGCUUCUCCUCAGGGAGAUUUUACUUUGAGGUCCAGGUUAAAGACAAGACUCUGUGGUCUUUAGGAGUGGCCAGAGAGUCCAUCGACAGAAAAGAUUGGACAGAUCGGACCCCUGAGACGGGUUACUGGACUCUUCUCUACUACAACGAUGUGUUGGUAUUUAGAGAUAACCCUGAUGUCCGUCUCCCUCUGAGAGCUGAGCUCCAGAAGGUGGGGGUGUUUGUUGAUUAUGAUGAGGGUCUGGUCUCCUUCUAUGAUGUGGAAGCCAGGGUGCAUCUCUACUCUGCUACUGGCUGCAUCUUCAGUGAGCCUCUCUAUCCAUUCCUCAGCCCAAGUCGCCAUGAUUACAGAGGUAACAACUCUGCCCCCCUGAUCAUCUCACCUGUCAAUCAAACAGACUAGGACCUUUCAUUGGUGAUAAAAUAAUGAAACGACCAAAACAACUAAUGUUGUUCCCUGAAUUAGAAUCUCUAUUGUAUGAGAUUUUCCACACUUCAUUUAACAAGGAGUAAUUCAUUAAGCCACUAACACUGUGUACUAUAAAGAAAUAUAACCCAUUAUAACCUAUAAGACUACAUUAUAAUGUUCAAUGUCUUUUAUCUGAAUGUUUUUUUAUAUUUUUAAUUAAUAAAAAAAAUGUAAUAAGAUAAUGUGAAACGUUGAUUUUGAUAACAUUAUCAUUAGUUGUUUUAACCAAAUAGUAAUAUUCCUUUAUUAUUUUUUAAUGACAACACAAUACAAUGUUUGUAAACUUUUGAGAUUUGAAUAAAAAUGUACUAAAAGUAGAA